AUGACUGAGGGCGGCGAGAAUGGCGGCUUCGAAGCCCAUGCUAUAGGCUUCGCAUCACUUACCUCGGUGAUGGUAUCAUGCGAAGACUAUAGCAUGAUGAUGUACAAUCGCUUCGAUCGCUUGUCGACCAGAAAUCUCCUCUACUUACAAAGUGAGCUCGCCGCACUUCAACGCCAACAAGACGAGUUCGAUCGAGAGGAUUUCUUCGACGCUCAGACUGAUGUCAGGAACAUUGCUCGCAGUUGGGAAGCCUUUGAGAGCGCAGCAAAAGUUCAAGGGAGCAAUGCAGCAAAGAGAAUGGCGUUGGCCAAGAAUAUCAGGAGAAAAAUUAAGGAGUACAAGGAGGCUGUUAUGGUCGAUGCCGAUAUGUUGGCUCUCCGUCGUCCUUCUAAACAAACAUUCAGAGCCUUUAACCAGCUCUUCGUGAAUGUAGAUGGAGGACGAUUUCCUACACUAGGAGGCAGCAGCAGCUCUCUUUACAAUGAUCGACAUGACAUCUCCGCGUUGGCACGGCCGCUGGAAGAGGAUCGGCUAACAAGCUUUCUGCGGAAGCAUUGUCUACUUCUGUUCCUGGAGAGAUAUCCUGACCGUGAUUCUCGCCUCGCCUACGUCUCUACAAAACGCAUCGCCGUUGCGGUUGGCAUUAUCAACGUAUUGCUUGCCGCUGCCUUCUUGUUUGGGGCGAUCUAUAACUUGUACUACGUGGAUCAAGAAAAGAUCAAGUUGGGACUUAUAGCCGGCUACACGACUGCCUUCGCGUUGUGCAUCAGUCUUGUCACCAACGCUAAGAGGUCUGAGAUAUUUGGAGCCUGCGCUGCAUACGCGGCCGUGCUUGUGGUGUUCGUAAGUGGCAGCCUUGGAGGCAACUCGGGAAGUGGGCAUUGA